AUGGCCGGUGCCGAUUACUUGCCAUCAGGGUCGGCGAUACGAGCGGACGGAUUACCUGAUGGUAAGCAAUCAGAGCCGCCCAUGGACACCUGCAACAACAGAGGAGUUAAGAGGCCCGGUAUAAAGGGCACGAUGGCGAUCCUGAACUGCUUGCUGGCGAGGCAGCUCUGCUUCGAGGACGCCUCCUGUUCCGCCAUCUUGGAAAUCAUCCCGCGCGUCUGUGGAUCUGAACUUGUUGCUUGUUCGACGGUAACGGUGACGAAGUGCCAAGCUGCUCUGAGGACCCUGCAAGCCUUUCCAUUCUUCAAGCCGACCUGCCUCUGUCGAGAACCGAACGUGGAUCCUGAAUGCAACUCCUUCCGCGACUUCCUGUUUGACCAUCCCUGCGUGUUUGUGAUGAAGAAGGAAAAAGACCCGUAUCCAGUGGAGACCCUGCCGACUUGCACGUAUGCCCUGAGCGUCUGCCACAAUGAAAGAGCCUGCUCCGUACUCUUCGAUCGAUUCAAGAACGCUUGCAAAGCCCGCGAUGGUGAAUGCCGAAUGGAUGACAGGGAGGCAUGUCGUGAAGCCUGGGCUGGUCUCCGUCUCUCCCCACUCUUCGGCUGCAUCUGUCCCAACACCCACAUGAAGAAACGUUGCGACCGCAUAUUCGCUGUGGUAAACCACAACCCAUGUGUCGGUGAGUAA